GCGCUCAGGACUGCGGUGGAAACGGGGAAUGAGGGUGGUUUGUUGCGUAAGCCGAUUAGAGCAUCACGGCAGUCACUCCUAGUCCGUGCAGGCAGGAGGAAGGAGAUGCGUGGGCGGUGUACGGGCAGACCACGUUGAUGCUCCGCGAAAGGUGGAUUGGGAGGUUGAGCAGCGUGCAAGCCGAACAGUCAGGCAGAGACACAUUAAAAUCGCAUAAAAUAUGCAGACGCAUCCCUCGCUCUCUUCCAUCGCUGUUCCCCCCUUCCAUCGUACGUCCCAUAGUAUAGUACCAUGUUCCCGAACUGCUUCUACGAAAGCACUCGCUUACAUCCGCAUUUCGCGUACGCGAAAAGCUUACUCCGACCCAUCUCCUUUACCCUCUCCCCAACCCCUUUAUCCUUUUUUCUUCAUCAUUCUUUUUCUCUUCAAGACGCGCAUCGUCCUUUCCCCAGACAAGAAUAACGUUUAUUCGCAUUACAUGCAAAAUUGUCAUCCUCUUAAUGAUCGUACGACAACGAUCAACGACGUCCGAAUGAAUUUUUAGCAUCUACGUGCACACAUAAUCCUCGUCUUCAGAAAAUAAUGAAACGAUCGAUUCUUUUAUUUCGACGUAUUGAACGAGCGUAGGAAUUUCACGAGAAACCGAUGACGUAUCGACGAAUCAAACAAGAUAGCUAUGCGCCGCGCUGUUACUUCGCUAUUAUGUGGCGUUAUCAAUGUUAUCGAUGUGCGCCCGAUAGCGAAUGAACGCGCGUCGUUUGAUUUAAUUCGACGCUCGAUAGUAAAUCGCCAACUUGUUUGUCGUUGGCGCUUACCAAAAUAAAAAGGAAUAAAAAACAAAACAGUACUUUUAAAUAUUUCUCGUACAUCGCGUUUUAUGUUCGCACGUUCGGCCCGAACAUUCUGCGGAGAUUAGCCGAGGCAGUGUGCAACACGUAGGAAAACGUUUUACGUCGUAUCAAAUAAUUAUUGGAAAUCCGUAUCGAUUGACCUCCAUCCUCACGGCCCAAUACGCACAUUUUACAUACACAUACAUCGGGCAUAUUAGUUCGAAUAAUAUUUGCGGAUAAUAAUGGACUAUUGUACCACCUGUUUUCGUUCGUACGCUGGAAUGAUUACGCGAGAUAAGCUAUACGCCGAUGCCGAAUUAAUCCGACCGAAUCAAUGUCUGAACGUUUCGACCGCUACCUUCCAUUUUUUUUUUUAAUCUCACUAUUAUUUUUCAUAAAGGUCGAGUUAGUUCUAAUUAAUUCUAAUUAAUGAAAUUCUAAACGCGCCUCGGACACUAACGAUCAUCCACACUCGAACAAAUCCAUUUCUUUUUCUUUUUUAUUUCCAUCCACUUCUUUUUUUUUGCUGUACCUCUGAUAAUAAUUGUCAAUGAUUGCGUCGAUUGUCGAGCUGUCGAGUUAUUCUUCGAGCGUGGGGAGUGGGACAACGUCUUGAGUGCAUCUCAACAGCCUCUCGUCCAAUUACAGCGUGAUUGUCCGACCUUCGUAGAUCCCACAGGGGUGCGGAUUAACUAACGGAAUCGGCUGAUCUUCGUGCACGUAUAGCCUCACACGCGAGCACGCGACCUUCACGGACGAGUGACAUACAUGAGCGAUAUUAACGUAGGCCCAUCAUAAGCGAGGAAUUAUUUAUGAAGAUUAAUCGAUCACGGACUCGAUAUAUCUAUAAUUAAGAAGAUCAACGGAUUAGGCAUCUAAACGUCGCGCGGAAAAGAAAUUUGGAAAAUAAUUAAGGAUAAAUAUAUAGGUGUAUCUCAUCUAUAUAGGUGUAUAUCACUUUGGUAUAUAUAUCGAAAGGAUAAAGCGCGAGUAAUUCGAAUCCGUAAAUGCCUAUCCAUAUAAAGAAAAAUAAUCGAUCGAGCAAAAAAGGUGGGUAGAGUACGAGAGGAGGUAGUAGACACGAAGCGUAGCGACAGCGUGAGAGAACAACGACGUGGAACGUUGCGUUAUAUGGGGAGCCGGGUGUACAAUUAAAGGUAUCGAAUGCAACCGUAUAAUUGCACCUUAUCUUACGGUUCAGGCACGACCCCUCAAUCUCUUUCGCUCUGUUUCUCUCUCUCUCUCUCUCUCUCGCUUUUUCUCUUAUACACACGGACACACACUCGUCUUCUCUCUCUCUCUCUCUCUCUCUCUCUCGGUUCUCUUUUUUCCUCGCGAAGAACCGCUCCAGUUUAUUUUUCCAGGUAAUGCUUGAUCUGAAAUUCAUGAAAUAUCAUGUAUCAUAGCGUACGCGAACGGGUUCGAUUUAUAUUUCCAAUAAAGAUGGAAUUUUCCGUUUGUAGCCCUACGCGUAUCGGGUUGAAAAGCGGAAAGAAGAGUAUAAUUUAAACGCGUAGUCUGUAGGAUUUCGUAAACAUUUCGAUGAAAUAUUAGACGAGAAAACGAACCCAGCUCGCACAGCUGGUAGGCAGCGUCUGCCCGCGUCUACCCACGUCUGCCCGUUUCGCGAGGGGCGUCGGGUGUUUAAACGAGCACGCGCCCGAACACGAAAGAGGGGAGGAUAAGUUAACCGACCAAUAGGAAUAGAGAUAGCAGUUAGCUCCCGGGCGGAGCAUAGGGAUAUACGAGACGUGGCACGAGCGUCCUUCUGUCAAACGGCGUCCGAUCGCCGAGGUAGAGGGUCGUGUCGUUCCCGUUUAAAUAGGUGGACUUUACGAAAAGAUCGACAGGUUGCCGAGACAGAUAGUUCGUUCCAUCGUCGUUGGGAUAUUGGAAAUCAUGGAGAAAACGAAGCUGCUCGAAUCACGAGGAAGAAGCACGUCGUAAAAAAUUCAUCAAGAUAGAAACGAGAGAAUAUUCGAGGGAGGGAGGGGGAGAGAGAGAGAGAAUUUUGUGAAGGAAAAGGAAAAGCGCAUUUUUAAAAUGCUACACAGUACUUUGCCUCGAGCGUUUCUCGCUCCUGGACUCAACUAUUUUGGUUAUUACGGGGAGGAAGUUCACCAUCCGUAUGCGGCACCAGCAACGAGCUGGCACAUUCCAACGGACAACACAACGAGCACGUACGGCAGAAUCGCCGAACAGCAUCAGACUGUACUCCGCGGUUGGGAAUCUUCGAGGCCAUCCACACCUUGCCCAUUGGAUUUGUCCCUUAAAGCACCGGCUACGCCCAGCACACCAAGGACCACCGAAGAUGCUAUCGAGGUAGACGACGAGGAAGAUAGGAGAAUUCGCGAGGAGGCUCAAAGACGAGCGGAAAACCAAAGAUAUCGAGCGGACAGCGAGAGUGUCGAUCCUCUGUUGAUCGAAGACACAGAGAACGAACCUCAGCGUAGCUCGUCCGCGCACAGUCAGCGCAGCUACGACAGACAUUUGUCGGUAAAAGAAAGCGGCUUGCACAUUCAAGAAGCAUUCGAGAAGGCUCGCUUUCCAGACGAGACCAACCGUGGCUUGCCGCCUCCUUAUCCGAGCAAUGACGCUAUCCAAAAGUAUCAUCAAUUACAAAAUCAAAAGCUAUUACUGAACAGUCCGACUCGAUUGCAAUCGAUGCAGUCUUACCACCAGCAGCUUCUCUUAACUCCACAGCAUCAUCACUUCCAAACUAUACACGCACCGAUGACCCCACCGAGCACACCCUCGCCACCGCAAUGUCCAAGAAGGAAGACCAGGGAGGAAGACGUCUCCUCGCCUUCGAGUUCUAUCGUCAAUGUUAACGUUACGCCUCGACAAAACCUAUCCUCCGAUAAACCUACCCCAAGACCAAAGAAGAAGCACGCCAGAAGAUUAAAAUUCGACGAGGAUACGAGCAGCCCUGUUUCUGGAACGGUAAUAUUAGGUCCGGAUGAGGCAGUGGUCACCGGCGACAUUGAUCCGGCCUUCAACAUCGUCGAAGUCACCGAAGAGGCACGUGCCGAAUUGGCCAAGAUUGAAAAUCGACUGGGACCGUAUCAGUGCAAGCUCUGCAGGCAACUCCACGAGGAUGCUUUUCAGUUGGCCCAACACAGGUGCUCGAGAAUAGCUCACGUCGAAUACAAGUGCCCAGAGUGCGACAAGAGAUUCUCUUGUCCGGCUAAUCUUGCCUCCCAUCGACGCUGGCACAAGCCGAGAUUACCGAACGGAGAAUCGAUCGCUGGCACUUCGAAUUCAUCCGUGGCCACUACCAUGACCACCGAGAUACCUUGCACCAGAUGCGACGCAAAGUUUAACCGACAGGCUGCUUUAAGAAAACACAUGGUCAAUCAGCAUCCUGAAAACGCUCUUAACGGCAACGGCAACGGCAACGGCAACGGCAACGGCAACGGCAACAGUGACAGCAACGGCAACAGCAACAGCAACGGCAAUAGCAAUAGCAACAGCAACAGCAACAGCAACAGCAAUAACAACAAUACUAAAAACAUCACGCUCGAUGAUGCAGAAGCUGCAAAAUUGGACAGUAGCCAGCUCGGUGUACACACUCUUCCGAGCAAUGCGAUGCCCUGACACCAGUUUCCUGCUCGACCCCUACCUCGACGACCCGGAUUUUAUUGGAGAUACGGCCUUGAUUUGUAAGACUCCUACUACUUCGUACUAUUACUUUGUACUAAUUCGUAGUACACACUUCGUUUUACUACUUGGUAUUACUUGACGCCCCUCGAAAGGAUUUCCCCUUUUAGGUUAUCGAAAGUGAGUAAUUUUCGAAUACGUGAGUACACAAUCAAAAUCCUCCAAUUCGAUUUAUCAAUUUAUUAUUAUUUCACGUUUAAUGGGCGGUUAUAGAUAAGGGCUAAAAUAUAUCCUAAGUAGAAGAACGAAAAGGAGAAAAAAGAUUAAAAAACAAAAACCAAAAAAAAAAACAAAAAGGAACAAAAAAGAAAACAAAAAAAAACAAAAAAAAACAAAAAAAAAAACAAAAAAAAAACAAAGAAAGAAAAAAGGAAAGAAAAGAAAGAAAUGGCAAAGAAAGCGAUCACUCGCGAAGUGAUGGGAUAAACGGCGUUCGUUAUUUCACAGAGGCAGAGAAAGAGAAAGUAUUAUUUUAUUAGAUAAAUGUGCGCUGGUAAAACGUAAGGACUCGGGAUAUAUAAGACGGGCGCAAGGAACGUGUCAGCUUGAGUUUGUAAAUUUCUGUAAAAGUGGAAAUUGAUCCUGGGUGGAUUUUGUCCGAUGUAAAUGUGUAGAUAGUGACGGUAGGUCAGGUUAUAGGGUGUACAUAGGCGAGGAGUAUGCGUAUCAAGCGUCAAGAUCUCGAUUCGUGUUGAGCGUAAAAUUCUUCGCUCGCUUCGGUCUAGUUACGAUAAUAUUCAAUCGCACGUAUUAGCUUAAAGUACUCGUUUUAAGAUAUCCAAUAUAUACAUCGGUCCAGGGGAUGCGAUCGACGUAUCACUGUCAUACAGCUAAAUAUCAAAGAUAGUUAAGGUUGAAUCAAACGACGUCUAGUCACGAGACGGUACUCUAGUCGUGCUUCGUUUUACAAGCUUACCGUUAAGUACAUAUUACGAAGUGUAUUACAUUUAGGUGGACGCGACUUUUCGAAAAGUAUUUACAUACGAAUACGAUUCUAGUCAAGUGUUUUUUCGUAGAAAUCAUUAUUAUUGAUUGGAUACGCGUUUCUAGUCAAAAAUUUUACAAAUCUUUUAACCCUUUCGCUCCAAAGAGCGCACGUGUCAUAACGCGUUUUCGAAGAAAGGUUCUUCACGAAAAAUUAAGUAUCAAUCAUCUCUCUUUGUACUUCUUACGUUUGUACAUUAUCGUCUGACUCUCUGUAAUUAAAUUUAAAAACUAUUACAUACCUAUGUGCUGAUUGAAAAUAUAAUAUUUCUAACAGAGUAUAAUCGCCCGUGUAAAAUAGGUUACGCGUUACUUUCUGAAAAGUAAUUUGGAUUAUGUAAGAAAAUAAACUUCAUUAAAAAAGUUUAUUAUACGUAUAUCCUUCUCGAGUCGUCGGCUACCCACCAAUAAAAGUUAACAGCGAUAAAAUUCUCAGAAAAAGCGUGCCAAUGCGAAGGGGUUAAGUAUGAACGAACCAAGUUGCUAACCGAAUAUCUGAAACGUCAAAAUGAAAACGUCAAAAAUGUGAAUUUUUUGAAAUUGAUAUUACUAGGAUAUUCCGAGUUGAAGUUGUGCGAUAGCAAAAUUUCGUAUUCUAUAGAUUUUAGUGUAACGCAGAAGCUCUGCAUUCGUGAUACUCGUAACGCACAUAUUCGAAGCGAAAUGUUUCAUCGUUAACUUUUCGUUUUAUCUUGCGUUAUAUUCUUCGUUCUACUGUCAUUUAGAAUGAAAGAGUAUUUUAUAGUAGAAAAUAUAUAUGUAAAUUUCUUCUUAUCUCAACAGUUUUAUGAUAAAAACUUCAUUCUCGAGAGAAGAGAGAUCUCUCAAAAGCCAAGAUACGAAAGUAUAUAAGUAACGUUGAUAGAAAUGUUAAACGUCUAGCGAACAUAUUUGAGUAAAGCGACAAAGUGGGAAUCACACAACUACGUACAGCUUCAGAUCAAAAUGCACAUCCGCAUUUCUGUCCGCGUUUAUCUGUACGUUUAUCUGUAUUACGUGCUUAAAAGUUUAAACGAAGUAUUUAAACUUUUUCAAGACCGAUCGAUGGAUUCCUCUUUUUUAAGAAUCAAAGUAGUAAGAAUCAAAGCGAAUGCGACGUGAAUGUAAUUAUUGUAUAAGUAAAUAUCAUCCUCGUAGAUAUAAGAAAUAUGUAUAAGAACAAAAAAAAAAAAAGGAAAAGAAGUGGAAGAAAAAUUUAACCACUUGUUGAUGUAACAACUUUGGUCUUGUUAGAAUAGGGCUUAUAAUUACACAAGGAAGUGCCCGUUUUUUUUUCUUUUUUUUUUCGGGAAGAAUGCAAUUUUAAUUUACGUCUCCGUAAUAUAAGCUCGUUUGAUUAAAGUCAUUAAAGUCUUUUAUGAAAGACCGCGAUCUAGUCUCUGCGUUACCACCUGCAAUACAAGUAAGCAUUUUUAUCGCUAUCUACAAAAGAAAAAAAUUUAGUCACUACAUAAUUGCAUGCGAUACCAAAUAAAUGACGACUAAAACUAUUGUACGUACGCGAUGUAUGUAUAAAUGUAUAAUAACUCGAUUAUUUAUGUGUAUCUCGCUUUAGCUAUAUUCUAACGAUAGAACGCGGAUAAUAAAUAACUUGAGAAAGAAUAAAUCUUCUGCAAGCAUUGAUCAUAUAGGUACGUGUAUUAAUUUUGUGCGUGCGUGCGUGCGCGCGCGCGUGUGUAUGUGUGUGUGCGUACGUAUAUAUAUACACACACAUACCAUAUAUACAGACAUAUAUAUAUAACACAUAUAUGUAUAUGUAUAUAUAUAUAUAUAUACAUAUAUAAAGGUUUUUGGUUUUCUUAAAUAUACGAUACAGAGAUU